UAGACCAAUUUUUUAUUUGUAAACAUUCGGAUGCGCGCGCAGGGUGGUGGCAGAAAACAGCGAAAGGGUAGUUAUUUAUAACGGCAAAAGGACCACUCGGAUAAUAAUACAAGUAGCCUAGAUAGAUUUUUAAAAGAUUAUAGUUAAUAAUGAUUAGAUCUGAUUAGUAAAAUGUUUUCGACAUAUUUCAAUAGCCUGUCACCCAGUGAUAAACACUGUUAUUUAGCCAAAUUGACGUUAGUGGGCAGUGGGAUACGUCUUCCAGAUCCGUUUGCAAUAGCACCUUGUCAAUGGUUAAAUGAUGAAACGAAAUGGCCUAGCAUCCAGUGGCCAGAGAUUUAUAAUUACCUAAUCGAAACUCCAAGUGUAUAUACCCGGGAGAAGCUAAAAGCGUACAAGUCUCUGGAUGCUUACAAUUUUGUUCUGUGUGGUCAUGUCCAAGACAUACUAUGGCAUGAUUACAAUGUUCAAAACUUCGUUGUGAUGAAGACGGAGGUUCUGCCUAGCCAAAGACAGGGAAAGAAGACAGAAUUGUACAAGGCCUGGGUUAUCGUCAACAAGACCAACAACUGUAUUCUUACUGCGAACUGCACCUGUAUGGCUGGAACUGACAGAUGAAGACAUUGCGGAAUUGAAACUACUGGCACCUAACGCAGCUGUACUCACUACCAUGGAACUCAGUGACACAGAUUCCGCAACAGAAUCUGACACAGAGGCCGGGGACCUCCCAGAGCCACUAGUCGCUCUGUAUGAUGCCAAUCUGAGAUGCCUCUGCAAAAAUCAACUACAAGAGAGGAGUGAAGAGACUUUUGAAAAACUGAGGAUGGGGUUAACUAAUGAGCAGUGUGUAAACCUUGAGCUUACAACUAAAAAUCAGGCACAGUCUCAGGCCUGGCACACACACAGAAAUGGAAGGAUAACAAGCACAACCCUACAUCGUGUAUACACUGUAGUAACCGAAACAGCUAAACUAAACCUUGUAAAACAGGUAAUGCACUACAAUAAACAAGACUUGUCCCAUGUGCCAGCAGUACUUUGGGGAAGAGAUAUGGAGGACACAGCCAGAAGACAAUACACAGAAAUAAUGAAAGCACAACAUUCCAACUUUGAAGUGGAGCUUUGCGGUCUUGUUGUGCGGCCAGACAAACCACAUCUUGGGGCAUCGCCGGAUGGAAUAGCAAACUGUACCUGCUGUGGGAAAGCAACCCUAGAGAUUAAGUGUCCAUACAAAUACCGUGAUGGUCUUACAGGGAGUAGCGAGGACACACAGUUCUGCUUAGACAAAGCACUACAAUUAAAGAAGAAUCAUGAAUACUACCAUCAAGUUCAGCUACACAUGUUUGUAUGCAACACCCAGUACUGCGACUUUGUGGUUUGGACAAAGCAAGUUGUUGCUAUCAACCGCAUCACCAGAGAUGAAGAAAUGCUACAAGCAGUCCUGCCUAAAGCUGAAAAGUUCUUCAAACAGAGUAUUUUGCCUGAGCUGUUAACACGCAGCAUGGAUCCACUGAUGCAGUCACCUACAGUCUGCUCACACUGUCAAAGGCCAGACUUUGGAAUGAUGAUUGACUGUGCAAAGUGCAAGAACCAUUUCCACUACACAUGUGCUAGAGUAAGAAGAAAGGUUGUGGAUUGGUGUUGUGAACAGUGCAAAAAUGAUGAAUGAAAUGUUCUUCGAAGCAAAUGAUU